CCCACCCGCGGUGGCCUGCUGCCUGCAGUCGCUCUCUCCUCCUCUGCCGCCACCCGCUACCGCGCUGGACAUGGCUGGCAAGGCACACAGACUGAGUGCUGAAGAGCGGGACCAGCUGCUGCCAAAUCUGAGGGCUGUUGGGUGGAAUGAAGUAGAAGGCCGAGAUGCCAUCUUCAAGCAGUACCAUUUUAAAGACUUCAACAGGGCUUUUGGCUUCAUGACAAGAGUUGCCCUGCAGGCUGAAAAGCUGGACCACCACCCCGAGUGGUUUAAUGUGUAUAACAAGGUCCACAUCACCCUGAGCACCCAUGAGUGUGCUGGUCUUUCAGAACGGGACAUAAACCUGGCCAGCUUCAUCGAACAAGUCGCUGUGUCUAUGACAUAGAUCCAUCCGCUUUCGUAUUUCCUCAGCAGGAAGGGGUGAUGGAAGAAGGAACCUAGAGAGAAAACCAAGGAGGCUAGCCCCUGAUCCCUGACUCUUGCAGUGAAUACCACCUCCAUUUAGGGAUGAGCCCCUGUGAAUAAAGAUGUCCGUGGCAACGUCAACAGCAGGAACAGCAGAUCUUUCCCUGUGCCACUCUUCUCAUUGGGGCUCUGCGUGUACGCUCUCCCUUUCUCUGUAGGGUUCCCAAUGGCAACAGUGUUCUUUCCAAGCUGUAUCUUGCUCCCUUUCUACCCUUUCUAGUUCAUUUUCCAAGUAGCUGUGAUAAAGCAUGACAUAAAGUCCAAUCUCCGACCCCACAACAGAAACAAGCCCUACUGUAUUAAGCUUCUAAUAAAACUAUGCUAUUAAUUGGUUCA